AUGGCUUCUGUGGAAGCUAACACGACCAAUGGCAGCGUAUCUGCUGCGCAGCGGUUGAUGCAACAGCAUGCAAAGCAUGAUGAGGCACACCAGCCGACUAUUGAGGAUGUGCCGGAUGAAGAGGAUUUGACCCCUCAUCCAACUCCUGUAUCGUCCAGCAUCCUCGAGUCUACCAAAGACAACUCACCUGCACCAAGCUGGGCAGCGCCCAUGUCGGCAAAGGCAGCUGGAAAGCAAAAGGCAACCGGUGCCCCAGAGAAGGAGAACAAGCCCUUAGACACCCAGUCCGAAGCACUCUUCCCAGGUCUAGGAAGCGCACCAAAGACAACUGCUGCUCCCAUAUGGGCAAAAAAAGGAACUUCGAAUGGAAACGGAGUACCAACAAAUGGUAGCUCGACACCCAACUCGGGUGUGAAUACGCCACCUAUUGGCACUCCACGGCCCGGUGGAGCGCAAUCUCUAGCUGGUCAGGUCAAUGGCACUGUGUAUACCUUUGGACCAAAGGAUCUAUCCCGUGCCGCGACCAAAAAGCCACUCCCAGAGAUUUUAAGGGAGCUGAGUAAAAAGCACAGGGUAAACUUGAGCCAGACGACUGGGGAAGGCGGUGUUAUCAAAAUUAAUUUAGCAGGUAAUCAAGUCCCAGAAGCCAAGAAAAAGGAUGUAUUUAGGGAGUUAGGAUCCCACAUCAAUACCCAAAAAUCGAUCAAUGUUCCAGUGCCACGUUCCGUUAGAGCUCACAUCAUUGGCAAAGGAGGAUCGACAAUAAAAUCCAUCCAACAAGAGUCCGGGGCUAAAAUCCAGUUACCGAAAGUCGAAGACACGCCUGAACUUACCGAUGAGGAGGAUGAUACCAUUAACAUUGUUAUUGAUGGAAACCCAAUCGCAGUUCAGCUUGCGAGAGCGGAAAUCGAGAAGAUUGCGAGUGCGCGAGGCGCGACAGUCAACACCAAGUUGCGCAACGUUCCUGCAGAAUUGUAUCCUUUCAUAUUAGGGGCCAAUAACUCCGGUGUCAACCGCUUGGAAAGGGCGCAUGGGGUCCAAGUUCAAGUUCCUCAGUACCACAGAUGGACAGAGCAGGCACCGCCGCGUAUUCCAUCCCGAGGUCAAGCGCCAGCUUUCUUGCCUGCACAUGGAGACAAUCCUAUUACUCUGGCUGGUGAUCGUGCUGCUGUCAUGGCCGCUCGUUCAGAAAUCGAACGCCUAGCUCAAGAUCUUCAACGGCAAUUAACUAUCGACCAGUUCCCUAUGGAUAAUGGCCGCCAUCAAUUCAUCAUUGGCCCACGAGGCGUAUCGCCACAAGAUUUCUACGCUGAGACAAACUGUGCGAUCAUUCUCCCAGACAGCGCCGAGGAUGAUAUGAUCACAAUUAUUGGCCCUGCAGACCAAAUUGCAGCGGCAACGGACAAAGCUCAAGAGCUUGGAAUGGGCAUGCAAGUCACGAGAUUAGACGUGGCUAGGCUUCUCAGAAAUGUUCCUUCUCCACAAGAACAUGCCCGAAAUUUGACCCAUUAUUUCAUUGACCGUCUGGUGUUCGAUACGAUAGAUAAAGUUCACCAAACUCAAGUCAAUGCUCCUCUCGGAGCGAAUGGAGAAUCUGGUCCUUGGGAUAUGUAUUCUCGGGAAGGUAAAAAUGCCAUCAAAGCGCAGACGGACAUUAGACAGAUAUUGGAAGCCCAUCCUCCGGAUCGUGUAGCUGCUUUGGACGUUGAUGACUUUUUCCAUAAGCACCUUAAUACCGAGUACAUGUCGACGGUUAAGAAUGACUAUGGGGUGCAUCUUGUGAUUCCUCAGGACAAAUCUUCACCUCUUGUGCUCGUUUACGAGGGAGAGGAGGGUCUACAGCCUCAAUACGGUGUUCCACGCGGCCAACCAAGCCCCUCGGACAUCGAGCUUUUCCGGCAACGCGUGGCAGCUGCUAGAAAGUACAUUUCGGAUAGUAUAGCUGCUCAGGGUGAAAUUAUCGAGGUCAAACUGGAGGUCCCAACCAUAUUCCAUCAGCGCCUGAGAAAGUACAUCAAAGACGAAAAUUCAAAACGUCCAACUGGGCAAUUUCCAGUCAGGGUGCACCCACGUGGUCCAUCUCUCAUAGGCUUUAGCGGUCCUAAGCCAGCUGUUGAGAGCUUGGUCGCUAAAGUCGAGGAAUGGCUAAAGCAGGCGAAAGAAGAUGAAAAGGGACGUGGUUUUACCCUCUCUUUCGAAUUUCCCCAAAAGCACGCAAAACAGUUGAUUGGCAAAGGUGGAAGCAACAUCACAGAGCUCCGCGAAAAAUUCGACGUCGACAUCCAGCUUAACGACGAGGGGGUUGUAGAAUUAAAGGGUCCAAAGGCCAAAGCCGAAGCUGCUAGGGCUCAUAUCACGUCCCUCGGUAAGCAAUGGGCGGAUGAAACUACCUACACUCUCAAAAUCGAGCCCAAGUUCCACAGCGAGCUCAUUGGUGCCGGUGGAUCUCAAAUCAAGAAACUCGAGAAGAAAUACAAGAAUGUUCAAAUUCGAUUUCCACACUCUGCCCGCCCAGCUCGGGAUGAUCAGUCAGUUGCUGAUGGCGCGAGUGAUAGCGGCCGCCGUGGAGCUCGCCAGCAGCAAGAACCGGACGAGGUCAUCAUUCGAGGUCCAAAAAAGGGUGCUGAUGAGGUGAGGGCCGAAAUCUUGGAUCUACUUCAGUACACAAAAGAUAAUUCCUACUCUGCAACUGUUUCAGUCCAAGCUGGUCAAAUUGGCUCUUUGAUUGGUCAACGGGGUGCUGAAAUGGACAAAGUCCGCUCUGAGACAGGAGCGAAGAUUGAUGUCCCAAAUGCGCGGGAUCAUAAAGAUCAAUCUACCAGAGUCGAGAUUUCGAUUAAGGGCACCAAAUCUCAAGUUGAUCAAGCUAAAAAGAUAAUUGAGGAGAAGAAGGCCGUCUUCGACAACACUGUUUCCAAGACAGUCGAAGUUGAUAAGAAGCACCACAGAGCAUUGAUUGGCGCAAAGGGUGCGACCAUUGAUGGCAUCGUCGCAAAUGCCGGUGGAUCAAGAUCAAACACAUCUGGCCAGACUGUACAAUUUCCCAAGGCUGAUGCUGAUGGCAAUCUCAUAAAGGUCACAGGCACAACCGAUGUGGUCGACAAAAUCAUUGCUAACAUUGAGCAAUUGGUCACUGAAUUAGAAAGCCGGGUCACGGAUUUCGUUGACGUUCCUAGCCAAAAGCAUUCGUCACUCAUCGGACGUGGGGGUGAUGUUAAGAGAGAACUCGAGUCGACUUUCAAGGUUUCAAUCGACGUUCCUCGCCAGAACAGCGAUGAGACCAAUGUCAAAAUCACUGGGUUGCCAGCGGAUGUUGAGAAAGCCAAAUCACAUAUUGCCAGUCUUGUGAAGGAGCAGGAAGGUGAAACAAUGCAAGUGCCUCGCAGUGUUCAUCACAGCAUUUCCGACAACGGUCAAUUCUUCCGCCAACUGCGAAACAACCACAAGGUUACCGUUGACGUUAAUCGAAACGAUGUGCCCCCGAAACCGGCAGCUCCACCAGCCAAUACGAGUGGUUCAGCACCUUUGAUCACCGACGAAGCCGACGAUUCUGGUGAAGCACACGAGUUCAAGACUGUAGAUUUAGCUGAAUCCGGCCUUGAGGGCGACAUCCCAUGGGUCUUGCGUGGGCAGACAGACAGUGUCGCAAAGGCUAGAGCUAUGAUUGAAGCAGCUAUUGAACAGGCCUUACAAAACACAACUAUUGGCUACCUCAGCCUGCCAAACCCAGACACCUACAGGUUUGUUAUUGGCCGACAGGGAGCUGGAGUCAACGCCAUUCGCAAGGCAACCGGUUGCAAGAUCACCGUUCCACGCGAGCGCACCAGCAAUGAGGCUAUCGAAAUUGUCGGAAGCGCUGAGGGUGUUGAGCAAGCUAGAGAUAUGAUUAUCCAAGCAGUCAUGGAGGGACAACGAAACAGCCGAUCAUGA